UAUGUCAAACUUUGUCAGACUGUUGCAAAAAAUAAUCACAAUUUGCACGAUAGACGGAUCAUAGGAAAUUCAUACAAUUCUUAUAUUAAUAGUUAACUAGAUUUUUUUCUCUUGAAAACCAUGGCUGAUCCAGAAGAGGUAAACGGGUUGGAUGAAGCUGGCGAUAAGAAGCAGAAAAAAGCCUCGAAACAUGAUAGUGGUGCGGCGGAUCUUGAACGAGUUACCGACUAUGCCGAGGAAAAGGAAAUCACGUCCAAGGAGAUCACGAAUGCGGCCAAUAUGUUUGAGGAAAAACGAAAUAGGGAAAAUGAGGAAAAGCUGGCCAAAGAACGAGAGCUGCAAAAAGUACACGUGAAAAAAGAAGACAUAGAGCUGAUCAUAAAAGAAAUGGAGAUUAGUCGAUCGAAAGCGGAGCAAACUUUGCGAGUGCAUCGAGGAGAUGUCGUGGCCGCGUUGGAGGCACUGACGAACUAAUCAACUAAACAUUACAGUGCGGUGUGGUUUGCGUGCGAUGAAGCAAUCAACACUUGAAACUGUUUAUUUAUUAAGUGGAAUAGAUUUUGCACCUGAACAA